UAAACUAUUUAACUUGAUGGAUAAAACUCCAUUUUUUCAAAGUACAUUUUCAAAAUGGGAAAAAAUACUAGAUAAAUUACCGCACCGUAGUUAUUUUAAAAACGAUAAAGAUGAUAAAAGUAAAGAGAAUUUAAAUGGCGCGGAUGGUUCUGGUUCAAAUAAAAAUAAUAAUGAGACAUCGUCAAAAAAAAGUGUAACGGAAGAUGAAGUUAAAUCAGAUAAACAACAUGUUGAUCAAACUGAUAGUUCACAAUUAAAUAAAUAUCAAGAAGUAGACGAACUAAUAAAUGAAGCAAUCGAAAAUAUUCAAGAAGCAGCCGCGGCUUUGGCUAAUUUAGCCGGAAGUCAUGAGCAAGAACUAAAGAUGGUUAUUAUGAACAUACUAGUUAAGUUCCAAGAUUGGAUUGACGGUAUCCAAAAGAAAUUAAACUCAACAAAAAAUGCAUUGAAUGAUCUGAGGUGGAUCCUAGCCACGAAGGACAUUGAGUUGAAAGUCAAGACCCGCGAAUUAAAUGAAUUGAGACAAUCGAUUACUGAAUACGAACAGAAGAAAACUCGUGACGUAAGACCAGAGCUCGUAGUAUCAGAAGCUGAUGUUUUAAAGCCCGUGGAUAUCGAGGCCAGUGCGGCAAAGGCAGGACUGGUUACAUUCAAACCUGAUUUGCUUGAACCAGCGCCAGGAUUGAUAGCAUCUGUAACUCCGUCGCAAAUUGUCCAGUCAUCAACUGCAGUAACGCAUGUGACGACAAUUUCACUGUCUUCGUCAUUGAAAAUUUCAAAUGAUCAUAUAUCCCAGCCUGAACAUGUUACAGCUCAACAUUCUGUCGUUGUCUCAGUGGCGAAAUCAACAAAUGCUUAUUCACUGGGAUCUAAAAAUGCUUCGGAUCAUGAAAUAGAAGUUAAAAAUGUACAUAUGGCUCUACCAGUUUCUUCUAAUACAGAAGUUGUAGAUAAAAAUGAUAAUUACAAUGACGAUAACAAGAUCAAUUUUGAAAGAGAAGAUAAAAAUUUAAAUAAUCAGCAAUCAAGAUCAAGAUCAUCGAAGCCCCGAUCAGUUCCAAUGGCUUUGGCAAAUAUUUCUGCAAGUCAGACAAUUAUUUCUGAUGGUUCAUCGGGAUCACUUGAUCGUCAUACAGUAUUAGUAGAUAUGUCUGCUACUGAAGUACCAGAUAAACCAGUUACAGUAUCUGAAGAAAAUAAAUUAGUCGAAUCUGAAAUAUCUCAAAUUGGGGCUCCAGCUUCUACGAAAAUUUCACGACCGUUGUCUUUGAUUCCAGAAGAUAGAUCAUCGCUGACUAAUACCUAUGAAGAUGUAAACCGAUCACCAGAAGCACCUAGAGCUUUUGAUGCUUCGAAAUUACCAGAUAUUUCUGCAUUACGAUUAUCUAUUUUACGAGCAUCCGUUGAUCAUGAAAAUCAAGCGGUUCAAACUUCUAAUCAGUCGAUUAUUUCUAGACCCUCUGUUACUUAUGAACAUAAUUUGUCAUCUCAAACAAAUUUACAAAUUCCUAUUAAAGAGAAGCCGGUUAUUAUUAAUAUUACACAGCCGAGAUUAUCAAAUGACUUGGAUCACUUUGGUAGGCAAAGCAAACAAAAUGAAAGAGAACGUAAAGAAGACGAAGGAGAAAGAGAUAAACGUGAAAUUAAACUGAUAGAUAAAUUAUCAGAAAUACGCAAAGAAAAUGAAAAAUUAAAGAAAGACAAACUUAGAUAUGAGAGCGCUGUAAAAAAUGCAUUAUUUCGUGGAUUUUUAUCAUUAAUUGAUGAAGAUAAAUUGAAUGGAUUUAAAAAACAAACAAUUUGUCACGCACCUUGUGUUCCUUGUAAUCAAAAUUCUUCUACAAGCGUAAAAACUACAGUCCCUAAUAUUAAAGUUGCGGAAAAUAAUCGAGACUUGUCAUCAAAAGAUGCUAAGUCACGAGCUCAAUUGUCGAAGAAACACGCAAAUACUUACUCAUCUAUAAGUAAACAAUGCUCACAGAAUACCAUAUACUUGUCACCGUUAAAAAAUACGGAUACUUGUAUUGCGAUUCCUGAAUUGUAUAUCCAGGCCGAGAAUACCGGAGUUAAAACAAUUUGUCAAGGCGGGAAGUGUUCUCGGCCAGCUAAUUAUAGAAGAAAUACAACUAAAGAUAUCGAUAAAGCUCAAUAUUAUUCAAAGAACUUUAAAGUUCAAAGACAUGUUCACGAUAAUGCUGCUACUGGUUGCAAUAUUUCACCAAAUGGACUUCAAGAGUACACACGUGUAAUGGGAUGUAAAAAUAUCUUAACAUUACAACGUCAUGUUAAUUAAUUAAUUAAUUAAUUAAUCAAAGGAAUAACGGAUGACUAAGGUGUGGGUGUUAUACAUUAAUAAAAAUUCCAUAUAAAAUAUAUAACUUUAUAUAAUAUCCAGAAAAAUAUCAUAAACAUUAAAACAUUUUAUUUAUUUGCUCUGAUAAAAUUUUUUUAAAAUAUCCACUCUUCAUUCAAGUCGUUACGAAUAUUUAAAUAUUAAAUUCAUAACAAUUUAAUGGAAUUAUUAACAAAUUGGCAAGUACAGAAUACAGCCUCAUUAACAGUUUCUUUCAUAUAUUUUAUUAUCUAAGUCCACCGACUUGUUUUUAUAAAUUUGCUAAGAUAGUUUAAUAAAAAAGAAAUCUGUUAAAUAAACUCAUUAGUAAAAAAUAAAUUGUCAUUUUUUAAAAAUGAAAUGUAAGCUUGUGCUAAAUAUGAGUGUAUUAAUUAUAACAAAGCAAAAAAACAAUUAUAUGGAAGCAAUAAAUUUUUUUUAUACUAAAAAAUAAUCAUUAAAAUCAGUAUGUAAAAAAAUAUUGAUUAUAUAAUAGGUACGCAGUAUAAUUAUACAUAUAAUGAAAAUGGUGUAGAAUAUUUGAGUAAAAAAUUAAGCCAAGUCUCGAUUUGAAAACUUAUUCACGUUUUUUUUUUAAAUAAUUUU